AAGUAGCCAAUCAGGGCGGAGGAGCGCGCUUUCCCACGGGAGCGCGCGCGCGCGCACCCUGUCCCGCCUGUGCCAGAAGGGGGUGUGACAGCGAACCCGGGAGCCUGAUAAUGGCGGCCGGGAGCCGAGAGCGCCGCGGCGGCUCUGAGAUACUUUGACCUUGAAGAUGGUGAGUAGCCAGCCAAAGUACGAUCUAAUACGGGAGGUUGGUCAUGGCAGCUAUGGUGUGGUCUAUGAAGCAGUAGUGAGGAAAACCUCUGCCCGUGUUGCGGUGAAGAAGAUUCGGUGCCAUGCUCCAGAGAAUGUAGAACUAGCGCUGCGUGAGUUUUGGGCACUUAGCAGCAUCAAGAGUCAACACCCCAAUGUUAUCCAUCUGGAGGAAUGCAUCUUGCAAAAAGACGGCAUGGUGCAAAAGAUGUCCCAUGGUUCCAACUCCUCACUUUAUUUACAGCUUGUGGAGACCUCUUUGAAAGGUGAAAUUGCCUUUGAUCCCAGAAGCGCCUACUACCUUUGGUUUGUGAUGGAUUUCUGUGACGGCGGCGAUAUGAACGAAUACCUCCUGUCCCGAAAGCCAAGCCGGAAGACCAAUACCAGCUUUAUGCUUCAGCUCAGCAGUGCCCUGGCUUUCCUGCACAAAAACCAGAUAAUCCACCGUGACCUCAAACCUGACAACAUCUUGAUUUCCCAGAGCAGGACGGAUGCUAGUGACUUAGAACCUACUUUGAAAGUAGCCGAUUUUGGACUGAGCAAGGUUUGCUCUGCUUCAGGACAAAACCCCGAAGAACCCGUGAACGUCAACAAAUGUUUUCUUUCUACAGCGUGUGGCACAGACUUCUAUAUGGCUCCUGAAGUUUGGGAAGGCCAUUACACAGCGAAAGCAGACAUCUUUGCCUUGGGGAUUAUAAUCUGGGCAAUGUUGGAAAGGAUUACUUUCAUAGACACAGAGACAAAGAAAGAGCUGCUGGGGAGCUAUGUCAGGCAAGGGACUGCGAUUGUACCUGUCGGAGAAGCGUUGCUAGAAAAUCCGAAAAUGGAACUGCACAUUCCUGUUAAGAAAAAGACAAUGAAUGCUCGCAUGAAACAGCUCAUUAAGGAAAUGCUUGCUGCUAACCCACAAGACCGCCCAGAUGCUUUUGAAUUAGAACUCCGGUUAGUCAAAAUUGCUUUUAAGGACAGCAAUUGGGACACGUGACCUCCAAUGUGCUUUUCCCUGUCGUGGCAGAGUUCUAUCUGUAACAAUGGUGCAGCAAUUUGUUGAGGCAAAAAACCAGACUUAAGGCAAAUUUAACUUGUCAGGGUUCCGUGUUUUAUCUUUUUCCAUUGCAUUUCUCUUCAGUUUUGUAAACUAAGCUUAAGGUAGCUAUUCUGGUUUCACUACCCGUGUAUGUAUUAUUUUCAAGCCACAGCCAUUGCGAUAUACACCUGGCCAGGAAAUGUGGUAGGUUAAGUGGCUGCUUUUGAGGAGUACCUUAUGGAAUAUUUCGUACAUUCCAGUUUCCUUUUGCAAGUUUGGAAUGCCCACGGAAGAAAAGAUUUGUAUGCUGGCAAUGCAAAUCAUUCAGCUUUGUAGAGCAAAUGUGUAUAUAUUUAUGUCGGUAUGGGUGACUUGACUCCCUCCAUUUUCCAUAUGGUCAAAAUAUGCCAUUAUUUAUAUUGUCUCGUAUAGAAUUUGGGUGAUUGUGGCUCAUUCAUGAACCCCUAGUAUAUUACCAGUCUUUCAUUUCAUCUAAAGAGAAAAAACAUGAUGGUAUAAAAUGAGGCAACCAACUGAGAUGCAAAAGGAACCUCUGAUUCAAAUGUUGGACUCCUGUGGAGAGAAUCUCUUCGGCUGGAAGGCUGCAGUAUGAUGGCAUAUUCCAGUUGUUGGAUGCCAGCACGUUGGUUAGGUCUUUAUCCUUUUGGCUUCAUUUUUCUGGGUAAUGGAGCAAAUUUUUGUUAGACCACAAUCUCGAAAUAUCCCUGUUUAUUCCAUUGGAGAUACGGCAUUAUUUAAUUCAAAAUACUUACUUGAUGACUUUUUUUAAAAAAAAAAAGAAAUGUAAAUCAUAGAAAAGAAAUCUCAGUGUUCUGUGGAAAUCUUUGCAAGUAUGCCCCCUCUUAUUUGUUGUCCUGGCAUAGAGGCUAGUUGUGUCAAUUGUUGCCCUCCCUUUUAGUAGAGGCUAUUUUGGUUGCUUGGUAGUGGUGGUCUUUAUGACAGAAUACUUGUUUCAUUUCCAUCAGAAAGGAGAGAGAUUCUGAAAGCUUUCUGUAUCAUUGAAUUCUCCAGAUUCCUUACUGAUAAAAUAUUGCCAAUUUGGGUGGGUGGGAGUGUUUCUGCACAAAAUAAUUGCACUUGUUGUUCUCUUCUGAGUCCCCGCCCCUCUCAAAUUAUUGACAGUCAAUACAGAACACACAAUUCUGCUGCCCAACCACAAAGAGCAGGGUAUGGAGGUGAUAAUGGUCAGUGUGUCCUUUUCUCAUCCAUCAUGGCAUUUUGGUGCCCCUGCUGUCAUGGUUUUUCAUGUUUACCAGGUCACCGCUAGUAUGUUUCCUCCCCUGAAGCUAUUUCUAUUUCCUGACUUUUGCUCUGAAGUACUAAGAAGCCUUCCCCUCCUCCAAAUCCCUGGUGUGAAUUUUGCACCUUGCUCUCUGUGUUUCUGGGAUAAAAGGAGUUGCACUUUUCAGUUUGUUUCUACUUGACUGCAGACAGGAACAAAACUCUGAUUCAGGAGUAAAUAGGAAAUUUCUGUUGAAGAAGACAAAACAAUGUGUGUGUUCAUUUGUGGUUGAAAAUGGAUUUAUUGUUUGGGUUAAAAUAGUUCUGAUGCUACCAACUACAGCUUUCAAACCAGAAAGUGAACUGACCUUUGUUUUUUCAACAAGUGCACUGGAACUGAAUAUACACUGUCAUCCUUAUGUGAUGUAGCUAGAAUCUGAAAAAGUUCAGUGAGAAAAUGUGUUGAUUUUAUUUCUAACAGAAAUAUCCAUAUUAAAGAAGAUGCCUUUCAAGUGACUUGAAAAAUAAUCACAUAUCCCUUUGCUCAUAAUUUAGAUGUACAGGGCAACCCUUUAUCCUUUGAUCAAGCAGCAAAUCUUAGGCGAUCUGUGGGGCUUACUUCCAGGAAUCCAAGGGUUGCAAUAUGAACGAUUUGUGAAACCUUCAAGAAACUUUCAGAUUUAAGGCCUUUUUGGAAAAAAAAAGAUUCAGUGAAAUGUGACAAAUAACCUGUAGUUUCACAAAGGGGAAUUUCAACUGCUAUCAUUUGGCAUGUCUCUGGCUGGCUUCCCAGCGUCAUGCCUGUCUUUUGAGGCUGAGUAAAUAUUCUCCUUACUCUUUAAAGCACCAGUGUGCCUUUAGAGACAAGAUUCUAUAGUGAGUAGAAAGGCAGUUGUAAAGGAUAUCCUGGCAUCCAGCAGUUUCCUCAAUAUGCAUGUCAAACAAAAGCAUAUGAGCAGUAAUAGAUUGGCAGUCAUUGAAGAUUUAAAAAACCUAUCUAAUCUGAUUACUGUGUGCAAUUUGGAGAUCCAUUCUGAUUUGAAUGCACGUGCUUCUUAAAUACAGUGCAGAAACUAGGAGUAUUUAAAUACAUAUUUAUUGCACAGUAAAAUUCUUAAUGCCAAAAGUGCACUGGUUUCUUGGUUUUUAAAGUUGAGGAGGCUUCCCCAGGUCACCUCCCUUCAUGGUGCUUCGCCUUUUGGCAUUGAAUGCUAACUUAAUUAUUCCAUUCCUUAUCCACUGAAUAAUUGUCUCUGAGAUCUGUGUGUGUGCGUGUGAUUUUUUGUUGUUGCUUAGGGUUUUUUGGGGUUCCUGUAAAAUCUCCAAAAUCUACACUUAUUGGUAGCAGCUACAAAACAAUCCACCAGCGUUAACGGAAGUUGAGCUGCUCAUCAGCACUUCGAAAAGCAAACUUUCAAAGUUUUUCCUUACAAAUUGUAAACUCUAUUUUGUGAAGAAUUUAUUAAAGGGGAAUGGUUGUGUAAUUUAUUAAGUUCAUGCCUUUUUAGAAAAGAAUAAAGUCUGAAUCGAAAGAAA